GUGUACUCCUGCACAUACCAUGGUUUCCCUCCCUCGUACCGCUUCGAGUCGGGUGUCGCCUCCCUACCUCUCGUCUUUAGGCUACAACAGUUCUGACCUCUCCGAAGGGGUCAAGUCAAUGGACUUGGACUCAGGCUCGGAGUGCCACCUGAGACCCGGGCCCCUAGGCCCCGACGGCAGCUUAGAAGGUAUUGUCGUAGCUGCCGACGAUCUGGAGGAGGAUAACGGGCAUCCGCACGAGUUUCCAGACUCUAAAGGGCAAUCCAGCUCGUCAAACACCGACACCGCCAACGCCGACACUAGCGACACGUACGAUACCGACAACGAACAAACGGAGACUCUGUUUCAAAAGGUCUUCUCAGAUUUGCUCGAGGAUCCGGAUUGGCCGAACGUUCAGGGAUUUCAGAGGACUAUCCAGCUUGAGCCGAGUGAAUGGAAUCGAUUUGUUCAAUUUGUGCUAUACCGGGAUGACCUCUAUCGCUUCUCGUACUCCUUCCAGUACAACACCACUCAACGCAUCCUUACUAUGUCCACCCCUACCUAUCUUCAUGAGAAGGUAUCCAACUUCAUGUCUUCCCUCAUCACUACGCGCUACGGCGAGCGCCACGUUCUCAAACUGCCCAGCUUUAAGGGUGUGCUUACGACUGAGACGAAGAGGGAAUCUGUCGGCCCUCUUCCGGUACCGAACAGCGACUCUUCUGCUCAUGCACGAAGGCUGAUCGGGCCUGCGCUGUCGGUCCCUGAUGGGGCUGUCAUACCCGGCUUCCCCAAACUCAUGGGUGGUGACGACAAUGUUCUGCGGAGCAAGCACGGUGAGCACGUCGUCGGCGUGAUUGAGAAGGGUUUCUACGAGACAUGUGACCAUGUGUUGUUUCGCACUGGUCAAUACAGCAGUCCCAGUACACUGAACAAGGAACCUCGCGACUUGCCGGUAUUCAUGCUCACAGUCAAGAUCGUUGAGCACCCCAAGUACAGCUCUCCGAUUUCAAGCAAGCUAACAACUCAGCAAAAGAGAGAGUUGCAAGACCAAUGGUCACCGAUUGAGGCCGACUCAUUGCACAAGCACGAUCCGAGCGACCGGAAUGAGAUGCUAACUGGUAAAGUGACCAUUGGCGAGCACACAUUCUGCAGGGAGCUUGAGGCAUACCUCGUACUGGUCUCGUGUGCCAACGAGCACCGAGCUGCCUUGCGGGAGGGGUACGACGCGCAAUGGCAGUUACCAAAAUGGUUGGAGCGUGGCUUCGGGAUCAAGUUGCGAAAGAAGUAUGAGGGAGCCGAAGAGCAGGCACUGAAGAACUUUGCUAGCCUCUGGAAGACUGUCUUCAAGUUCCAGAUGUACCAGCUUCACCUCUGGGAGAAGGGAGGUGAAGCUUGGCAUGCAUACAACGAGGCUCAGCUCAAGAACAAUGUCGAUGUAUAUGCGCAAGACAGUGUCAGGGAGGCAUGGUCCAAAUUCCUAGCCUCGGCUCCGUUCAAGAAUCCGGGAACAGAAUUGGACGAAGUCCCCUUGCGUGAACCAAUCGAGGUCAUCGAAGCCGGCGCGGUCUCGACCGCACUGCAACGUUUCGCCACAUUCAAGAGACAAUUCUGCGAGUUCUCCCCUGAUCCACCUGCCGCCGCGAUAUGCAAGGAAGUUCCCCUGGCGAGCAAAAGUGAGGAUGACAUGCAGAACUUGAAGCGAAAGGCGGAGAUGUGGGCGGAGAUGUUUCGAGAGCGUGACACAGCAUCAUCGUGAAGUCGGAGAUGACACGAAGUGAGUACCCCUCGUGCUCGUCGAAGAAGGUUGAAGGUGGACGACUGCGUUUUGUAUUCGCUGUACCCACUCAUCUCAUCGUCGCCCGUCGUAUUGCUCGUCGCUGGUAUCGCUGAUCCCUCGUAUUGCUCGUCGCUCGUAUCAU